UCGGCGACCUUGGGAGACUCACCAUGGAGAAGUUCUUGGGCGCUGUCCUUCUCACCGUGCUGUCCACCGGCCUGGCCUCCUCUCUCAAUGACUCCGAGCCCACCCUAGAGCCUGAGGUCAUCACAGAUGUCUCGCCGGAGCGUCAGAAGAUCGUGGAUGCUCAGUUCAAGUGCUUCGAGCAAAUGAACAGCAAGCCCCCCUACCAAAAGACAGGUCUGUUUUGUAACCGCACAUGGGAUGGAUGGCUCUGCUGGGACGACACACCUGCUGGGAAGGUCUCUGUGCAGAACUGUCCCGACUACUUCCCCGACUUUGAUCCAACAGAACAGGCCUCCAAGUACUGCGAUGAGCAUGGGAACUGGUUCCAGCAUCCCGAGAGUAACCGGACAUGGUCCAACUACACCCUGUGCAACUCCUUCACGUCAGAGAAGCUGAAGGUGGCGUACAUCCUCUACUACAUGGCGCUGGUGGGCCACGCCCUGUCCAUCACCUCCCUCCUCGGCUCCCUUGGGAUCUUGUUCUAUUUCAAGAGCCUCAGCUGCCAGAGGAUCACGCUACACAAGAACCUCUUCUUCUCCUACGUGUUGAACUCCCUGUUCACCAUCGUCCACCUCAUUGCGGUGGUGCCCAAUCCCGACCUGGUCAAGAGAGACCCCGUGAGCUGCAAGGUCCUUCAGUUCUUCCACCAGUACCUGAUGGGCUGCAACUACUUCUGGAUGCUGUGUGAGGGCAUCUACCUGCACACGCUCAUCGUGGUGGCCGUGUUCGCCGAGGAGCACCGGCUGCACUGGUACUACCUGCUGGGCUGGGGGUUCCCGCUGCUCCCGGCCGCCAUCCACGCAGUCUCCAGAACCAAGUUCUUCAAUGACAACUGCUGGAUGAGCGUGGACACGCACCUGCUGUACAUCAUCCACGCGCCCAUCAUGGCGGCGCUGCUGGUGAACUUCUUCUUCCUGCUCAACAUCGUACGCGUGCUGGUGACCAAGCUGCGGGACACGCACCGCGCCGAGUCCACCAUGUACAUGAAGGCCGUGCGCGCCACGCUGAUCCUCGUGCCCCUGCUGGGCAUCCAGUUUGUGGUCAUCCCCUGGCGGCCCGAGGGCAAGCUGGCCGGAGAAAUCGCCUUUUUUCUUCUUUCCCCUUGUUUUCGUGUCUAGGGCCUGCUUGUGGCGACCAUUUUCUGCUUCUUCAAUGGAGAGGUGCAAGGCGCCCUGAAGCGGCAGUGGGCCCAGUACAAGACCCAGUGGGGCCAGCGGCGCCGGGAUCGCUGCUCCACCCGCUCGGCCUCCUACACCGCCACCUCGCUCACCGAGGUCCCCGCUUACCUCUACUCCCCCGAUGCCCACAACGAGCAGCUCAACGGCAAGUUCGCCCCCGCGGAGGACUCGGAGGUCACGGCCCUGAGGUCCGGAGAGUCGUCCGCUUGAUUGGCCGGCAGAGGAGGCCCGGCGGCCGCCCCGGCGCCUGCGCCCCCGCCCCAUCCUCUCCCCGGGUGACUCGGGGUCUCUGUCCCGGGAGCGCGUUCUGGCCACGCGGAGAACCUUACAAAGGACCCCCCCCCUCCCCACCCGGACGGGACUGAGGCGCGUCCCCAGCGCCCCCCCGGGAACAGGCCUUGGUGGGAGAGCUCCCAGCAACCACCGCUCCCGCCGUUUGCCCGGACCCAGAAAUGCUCCCGUCAGAGCCACGGGGACGAGCCCGCAGGACCGCGGGGGCCCGGAGACCGGAGAGGUCUCCAGCUCGUGCCCCACCCGGGCCCCAGCCCUGACCAGCGUCUCUGUUUUCAUGGCUCCCAGCUUGAGCCUUCGGACCCCAAACUUCUGUCCAGGGAGCCCAUCUCCCCUAAGACGUCCGGUGUUCUGGGCGCCUGGUGCCCGCCUGGUCCCAUCCUACCCCUGCCCUCUAAUGCCAGGCAGCAUCUCCUGGGCUGGCGGUGCCUGGGCUGCACAAAGAGCAAGGAACCGAAGGCCUUUCUGGCAAAUAAAUGCCAGUCUGGCGCGGGUGGGGAGGACUUGCCUCACAUCACUGCACUGGCACUUUGAAGCCCUCAAAGUGCCACCUUCCAGGAAAGGUUGGGCCUUCAGGACCCGUGUCCCCCCGUGCCAGCUCCCCGGGCAUGAUGGGGGCCUGUGCCCAUGCCCACAGCUCCAUCUUGUGGCCAGCUCCCCGGGCAUGAUGGGGGCCUGUGCCCAUGCCCACAGCUCCACCUUGUGGCCAGCUCCCCGGGCAUGAUGGGGGCCUGUGCCCAUGCCCACAGCUCCACCUUGUGGCCAGCUCCCCGGGCAUGAUAGGGGCCUGUGCCCAUGACCACAGCUUUCUACAAAUGGACGGGCCUCCACACCCACCUUGUGGACGCCUCCCAAGGGGACGGGAGGACCUUGCCCAGAGCUGUCUUCCAUCAAGGACGGCCCGGGUUUAUCUGGCGGUCGGUAGCGGUCAGAGCCGACAUCUUCCGUACGUGAGCGGCCCGGGCACUGUCUGCCCUGCAGCAGCUCCUGGAGUCUGCUGGGGCCCUGAGCCCACAACGGCACCUCCACAAAUGAACAGCUUCCCAGGAGAGAGCUGCCACGUCCUGGGCCGCCGGGCUCCACGCCUGCCCUGCCUGUGGGCCUGGGCCCGGAGCCGCCUCCCUGGGACUCGCCUAAGACUGACAGAGCAUGGGGCCAGUGGGCCUUGGCGGGGCUUAAGGCCAGGGGCCGGUGUCUUUUCUGGGGAGAUUCAGCACCGGACAGCUCCCGGGGCCCACACUGAGGCAGCCUGGGAAUCUUAGUCCAGCGUGGGCUGCAGGGCUAUUCACACAAACUGGGAUGAGCCCCCUCCCCACCCCCACCCCACUCCUCCAAGCUCAAGGCCUGCUGGCCCCCGGAGCUUGGGGGAAAUCUGGAGUUUGCCAGCUCUCCUGUGUUUCAAGGUUAAAACUCACAGGUUUCCUCCAGUCCUUCACCCACCAGCAGGGGCCGGAGGAAGCCGGCCGGGGUCCUGCAGGGCCUGGGGCAGGACCACCUCAUAUCCUGAAAGAACUGGGCCAGGACCACCUCAUGUCCUGCAGGAGCUGGGGCAGCAAUAGGCCUGGGCAGGGAGUAGCAGCCUGUGACCGCACCUGUGGAAUGGGUGUGCUGAAGGGCAGCCAGGCCGCAGGGACCCCCCCUCGCUGUCUCCCCCACUCCAUCUCGAGGAGAGAGUGAGCCGAGAGGGCGCUGCCACAACCAGACCCCCUGCCCAGGCCCCCUCACGGCCGCAGGGCAGUGCAAGCAGAUCCUCUGGGGCCCCGGGCCCUUGGUAAAAGCUUUGGGAGUCGGGGUCCAAGUUGGCCUCAGUGCAGGCUGAUGCUGUGCCACGUGCCUGAGCUCCGGGUGGUCCCGGUGCUUUUAGCAGGACGGAGAAGCCGGCCCCGCGGCCCCUGGGAGACGUGGCUGGCACAAGAGGGCCGGCGAGUGCCCCCUCCCUGCCCAGACAUACGGCCGGGCCUCUGUGUCCGCAAGGAGAGGCCCCACCCUCUUUUCCCUUUCUCUCCUUCCUUUGGUCAUCUGUCUUGGGGGGAGGGGGGGAGGAGUUGUCCUGUGUGGGGCAAAGGGGGAGCGCCCAUCAUCCCUUAGGGUCCACAUCCCCAGCCCCCGUUACUGCUCGUGUCCAGAAGCUGUUUUUGUUCCUGUGGUC